AAAAUAAUAAUAUCGUUGUUAUCAACUACAGCAUACAGCUCUGAUAACGCGGCAGUAAUCGCAGUAUGUCAUAAUAAAAUUAUUUUUAAAAACAACAAAAACAAGCGUGAAGCGACAACACGUCAAGUACACAACCGAACCGCCGGCUAACCUAACCCGCCGGCUUCAGCGACCCAAUAAUCCGUAUUCGGUGCGUUUGUGCGUGUGCGUGCGCAACUUUCACUAUUCACAAUUUGUUUAGCCGUCGACAGUAGUUGUACACUCGACGCGUUCGUGCCACACCGUAAUAUUAUCAUUAUCAUUAAAAACAUUUUGCAAACCAUCGUCAUAGCCGUACUAUCGCAAUCGACGUAGACGUUACUUAUUAAGUGCGGUGUUCGACUGAAAACACGACCACGGCGAAACAGCUGACGACGACACGACGUGCGACGACAGCGGCCGGUCGGCGACUUUAGAUAUAGAAUAAAAAAUCGUCCGGACGCAAGAGCCCUGCGCACGCUUAAAGACAAUCUGAAAUACAAACGCAUUCCGCUUCACCAUUUUCAGUCAACUUGCAUACACGUCCAGCACCACAGUGCUUUUUUUGACAAGGACCUAAUGAUUAUCAAAAAAACAUUUAAGCAAAUGUGUAUCGGACGCAGAUAUAUGCAACUAUGGAAAGGCAAAAAAGUGUUGUUAGUAGCAAAAUAUACUAGAGUUGAGCGUGAAAGACUUGAGCACCCAAAUCUAUCAGAAAAACAAUUGAUGAACCAAUUAAGUAACCAAGGUGCUAACUUGAAAACUAUUUUGGAAUCACAUAAUGAACACUACAAUAUUGUAAAAGAGGUGACAGCUGCCAUAAACCGUUUGGAUGUUGAAUCAAAAAUAAUUAAUCUGAAGGAUAUUAAUACUGCAGCAGUAUCUUGGGCUGAUGUUCUAAUUGCUAUUGGUGGCGAUGGAACAUUUCUGGUUAUGUCCAGUUAUGUACAAAAUAAUCAAACCCCAGUCGUUGGAAUCAAUUCCAAUCCAAGUUCAUCACUUGGUUAUUUAUGUUUACCAGAUAUCUGUUCCCGAAAUAUACAGAACACGUUUGAUACGUUAGAAAAACAAAAUUUUUUUUUUAUUGACAGAAGAAGAAUAAGAGUUUCGAUGAAAAGUAUCAAAAAAAAAAUGGAACCACCUUUAAAUAUGUAUCAAGAUUUUGUAAAAAUUAGACCAGAUUCACAUUCAUCACAUGACAUGUUGGCACUUAAUGAAGUAUUUAUUGGUGAUAAAAUGCCAGGACGUACUUCUGAAAUGGAGUGCAAAUUUGAUGGAAAUAUGCCCAUAAAAAUUAAAUCAUCAGGACUAUGUAUAAGUACUGGGACUGGAUCAAGUGCAUGGAGUUAUGCAUUAAAUAAAAUUAGUGUUAAUGAAGUUCAGAGGAUUUUAAGUCACAAAUUUUGUCAAAUAUCAAAACAAGAAUGUAUAAAAAUAGCUAAUGAGUAUAACAAAAAUCUAGUUUAUAGGCCAGAUUUGGAAUAUUUACAGUACACUAUAAGAGAACCAACAGGAAGAUCACUUUGGCAGUCAAAUGAUGAAUUAAUAAAGUCUGAUAAAAUUAAACAAGCAGAAGUAGAAACUCACUGUGAAGAAGGAUGUAUAAUACUAGAUGGAUUUCUGAUAUAUGUUUUUCCCAAGGGUGCACAAGCUAUUUUAACUUCAAGACCCGAAGAUUCAAUUAAGUCAGUUAUGAUUAAUGUUGACUAAAAUAGUAAUUCAAUUUUAUAAAUUUUUAACUACCGAAAUUGUGAUAUUUUAAUACAAUUUUAAUAAUAAAAAAUAAAAAAUAACUAAUAUUUAGUUGUGACAAAAAUAUAUAUUUUAAAAUAAUAUUGUACCGCAUUUUUUAAAAUAUUUUAUACAAGUAGAAUAUUAGGGCCAAGAAAAUUAAUUUAUUUAAAUUAUUUAUAGUGUUCUAUACCUAUUGUAAUUAUAAUUAUUAUUUAAGAUUAUAUGAAAUUAGGAUGUUAUACAUAAUAUAUAAAUAUUUAGACGAUUAAUAUGAUUUAAUUUAAUUUUUAUACUUAAUAAGUAGUUAUAGUUGAUACUAAAAAUCAUUAUACUAAGUAUAAAAAAAAAUAUGAUAUUCUAAUUCAAAAGUAAAUUUUGCAUGUCAUCUGCGUUCAAAUAAAUGUUAAGCAUUCUAAAUGUUUUAAAA